AUGCUACAAGAGCCCUGUUUUUUUCAGAGCUUUGUAUUAAAAUGUACCAGGUACCCAAAAUGGACGGAAAGUGAAUACCUUACAUUUUCAACUUUUCCAUCUAAGAUUUGUUUCUGUUGGACAAUUUUGGUUAUUGUCUGUUUCCCACAGCUAGUAAACUCUCUCCCGUACAAAGUAGGUAUUGUCGGACCUUGGACCUGUGACCCAUUGUUUUCCAAAGCCCUUCCAGAUGUUGCUGCCAAGUUAGCCAUUGAACGCAUCAACAAAGAUGCUUCUUUAGAUUUGGGACUGUCUUUUAACUAUGUGAUACUUAAUGAAGAUUGCCAAACUUCAAAGGCUCUGUCAACCUUCCUUACAUACUCUUUGGUUGCAUCAGGGUUUAUUGGCCCUUCCAAUCCAGGAUAUUGCGACUCUGCUACUCUUUUAGGUAAAAACUGGAACAAGGCUGUAUUUUCUUGGGCCUGCAUCAACUAUGAGCUGGACAAUGUGAAAAGUUACCCCACCUUUGCCAGAACGCUACCUUCUCCCACCAGGGUUCUUUUCAAUAUAAUGAAGUAUUUCCAGUGGGCGCAUGUCGGAGUCAUUUCAUCCAAUGAAGACAUUUGGAAGGACACUGGCAGAAAAGUGGCAAAUGCCCUUCGCAGUAAUGGAUUGCCAGUGGGAAUAGUUGUGUCUAUGGGAGAGGAUGGUAAGAGCACUCGGCAGGUUCUGGAGAAGGUCCGGAAGAUUGAUAAUCUACGCUUGAUCAUCAUGUGCAUGCAUUCUGUACUUAUUGGAGGACAGCCACAACAACAACUUCUGGAGAUUGCACAUGACAUGAAAAUGACAGAUGGCACCUAUGUUUUUAUUCCUUAUGAUACUCUAUACUACAGUUUACCUUAUCAUGAGACACCAUAUGAGAUACUAAGGACACGCUCCAAGCUCAGGGCUGCCUAUGAUGCUGUACUCACUAUCACUGUGGAGUCAGAGCAAAAGAACUUCUAUCAAUCCUUCCAAGAAGCAAUUGACAGUGGAGAGGUUAUUUCCAAUGAUAAUCCAACAGAGGUGUCUCCCUUAUUUGGCACCAUCUACAAUGCAAUCUACUUUACUGCACAUGCCAUGAACAACAGCAGGAAGCACGACCACUGGGUCUCUGGGUCGAAUUUAGUCAAGCAUUCAAAGAACAUGCAGUUUUAUGGGUUUAACCAGUGGAUUAGGACAGACCUGAAUGGCAAUGGAUUUACAGAUUACGUCAUUCUGGACACAGACGUAAAGACCUGUGAACUGCACCGUACAUAUGUUGUUGAUAUGGAAACAGAUAUGGUCAGAUACAUGGGAAGGCCUAUUCACUUUCCAAAUGGUGUCUCUCCAAAGUCAGACUCUUAUUGUUGGUUUGCAAAUGGAAAAAUAUGCACUGGAGGUAUCGAUCCUGCUUUUGCUUUAAUGGUGUUUCUUUGCAUACUUGUUGCCAUCAUCUCCAUAAAUGGACUUGCUUAUAUUAUAAGGCGUCGGAUUAAUAAAAUUAAAUUAGUUAGAGGGCCGAAUAAAAUUCUGUUAACGCUGGAAGAUGUCACUUUCAUUAAUCCACAAAUCAGCAUGAGGAGAAUAAGCAGUGAUGGAAGUCGCACCAGUGAUAGUGGACACGUUAUAGAUAACAAAAGUAUGAGGUCACCAAUAAGGUCUAGUUCUACUAAAAGUCUUACUCCUGCUACCUACGAGAAUUCCAAUGUUGCGGUUUAUGAGGGUGAUUGGGUAUGGAUGAAAAAAUUCCCUUCUGGAGAUUUUGGAGAACUUAAACCUGGAACAAGUGAUGUUUUUGAAAUGAUGAAGGAUAUGCGUCAUGAAAAUUUGAACCCAUUCCUAGGUUUCUUCCAUGACUGUGGGGUUUUUGCUAUUGUCACAGAGUUUUGUUCCAGGGGCAGUUUGGGGGAUCUUCUCCGAAAUGAGGAUGUUAAACUGGACUGGAUGUUUAAAUCCUCCCUUCUGUUGGAUCUAAUUAAGGGCAUGAAAUAUUUACAUCACAGAAAAUUUGUUCAUGGUCGACUCAAGUCCCGAAACUGUGUUGUAGAUGGACGAUUUGUUUUAAAAGUCACUGAUUAUGGUUAUAAUGAAGUUUUACAAGCUCAGAGAAUUGCUCAUGAAGAACCUACUGCAUUUGAGUUACUAUGGACAGCACCAGAGCUUUUGAGAGAUCCACACGCAGCUUUGCAUGGCAGUUUCAAUGGAGAUGUUUAUAGCUUUUCCAUAAUUAUGCAAGAGGUAGUGGUGCGUGGGCCUCCGUUUUGUACUUUAGAUCUAACUCCUGAAGAAAUCAUCACAAAGAUUAAAAAACCACCUCCAUUGUGCCGCCCUGUGGUGUCUCCGGACCAUGCUCCUAUGGAGUGCAUUGUGCUCAUGAAACAGUGCUGGAAUGAAGUGCCGGACAGACGUCCUUCUUUUGAUGAAAUAUUUGACCAAUUUAAAAAUAUCAAUAAAGGAAAGAAAACCAACAUCAUUGACUCCAUGCUGCGCAUGUUGGAACAAUAUUCAAGCAACCUAGAAGACUUAAUACGAGAGAGGACAGAGGAACUAGAGAUAGAAAAACAGAAAACAGAAAAGCUUUUAACACAAAUGUUACCUCCAUCAGUUGCAGAAGCGCUAAAAAUGGGCUGCACAGUGGAACCAGAGGGGUUUGAUGAGGUUACAUUAUACUUCAGUGAUAUAGUGGGUUUUACCACUAUAUCAGCAAUGAGUGAGCCCAUUGAAGUGGUUGACCUUCUUAAUGACCUCUACACAUUGUUCGAUGCCGUGAUAGGAAAUCAUGAUGUUUAUAAGGUAGAAACUAUAGGAGAUGCCUAUAUGGUUGCAUCAGGACUUCCUAAGAGAAAUGAAAAUAGGCAUGCAGCAGAAAUUGCCAACAUGUCUCUGGAUAUCCUCAGUUCUGUUGGAACUUUCAAAAUGAGGCACAUGCCCGAUGUCCCUGUUAGGAUACGCAUAGGCCUGCAUUCAGGGCCCGUGGUUGCAGGUGUAGUGGGUCUAACAAUGCCAAGGUACUGCCUCUUUGGAGACACAGUAAAUACUGCCUCCCGCAUGGAAUCAACAGGGUUACCUUAUCGCAUCCAUGUCAACCAAAGCACUGUCAAAACCCUCAGAUCUUUAAAUGAGGGAUAUAUUAUGGAACUGAGAGGAAGGACAGAGUUGAAGGGUAAAGGUAUUGAAGAGACAUACUGGCUGGUUGGAAAAGAAGGUUUUACAAAACCGUUACCUGUCCCACCAGUGAUCAAGUCAGGGGAUGAGGCAACCUUCCGAGAUCUAAAGCGACUCCUGAAGACGGCUGUGAAAAAAAUAACACAGGUUCGGCAAAUUACAUCUCUGAUGGCACCUGAAACAGAAAGUGGAUAAAUAAAGCUACAGAUGGUGACCUUAAUCUUAUGGAUUAAACCAAGUCUGAAUCAGUUAAGAAGGACACCUCUCAGGAGGUCAUACUUAACAGGAUUUACAUAUUACACCAGAUAAACCACCUACAGAUGGAUCAUUGCAAUGCAAAAGACAAAAUCCCUGCAUUUUCCCAAAUCACCAGUCUCUGAUCUAUGCAAAGUUUAUUAAACUGCAAGGAUUGUUGUGUCGACAACAGGGGAAUUUAUAGCAUUAAGUAUGCCCAGAAAACCUGCAUGGGAUUGCUAUGCUGUGAAAUACGCCUUUCUUUCAGGGAAUGGGCUAAACGACAAAAGAA